AUGAAGCAGCGCCCGUUGCAGGGCUGCAUCAAGUCUCUCGUGAGACCCAAGCCAGCUGAUAGAGACUCGAAUAUUUUCACAAUAUUCUGGGUAGUUUUACGGAAAUCAUUAGAAGGUCACAGAUUCGACGACGCGGCAGCCUACCACCGCACGAAGGUGCGCCCGCACAGACCGUCGGUGUCAGGAGUGUCGUCCCUGCCAGGGGAAGAGUUCAGGCACAUCAGCUCUUGGAAGCUCACCGCCGCUAUGAAGAAAAACUACGAUCACGAACCACAUCCCAUGUUCGUGGAGUUAUGCGAGUUGAAGGAGUCGACCAUGGGGUUGGAGUGGCGGCAGACGGCUCGCUGGAUCAUGUUCGUGGAGUUAUGCGAGUUGAAGGAGUCGACCAUGGGGUUGGAGUGGCGGCAGACGGCUCGCUGGAUCAAGUACGAGGAGAGCGUCGAGGGCGUGCAUAGCGACCGCUGGGGCAAGCCUCACGUCGCUUUCCUCAACUUCCACUCGCUCUUCUCCCUCAGGAAAGGACUUGAAAAAGGAGCGGUUCUUCUUGACGUGGAAGAGACAGAUCGGUCAGGGAUCGUAAAUAGGAUUGUAGAGUAUAUGAUUGCGCACGAUCAAAUACCUGCUGACCAAAAGGAAGCCACCACCUCCACCUUGAUGGCUAGAUCUCGGCACGUCAACGAAACGCGCUUUGCCGUGGCAAGAAGGGAGUCUCGCAUCACCCUCAAUGCAGACGGCAAGCUGAUCACAGUGUCAAACAUCGUUGACUCUAGAUCAAACAGCAUCACUGGCAACAUCAGGGCCUCCAUCAGGAGGACCACAAUCAACAAAGUCCUCUUGAACCAGAGCCUGGGGGGCCGGCGCCACAGUUCGUUUGAGGAGAGCCUUACCAAGUCACAGACCAACGGCGGCUUCAGAAAAAGACUUCCUUCCUUCGCCGAAAAAGGCGACACCAUCGAGAUUUACAACCCCGAAACAGGCGAGGGGACUCGCAUCAUGGAGACCUUCCAGAACAUGGACCUCAUGAGGAAGCUGAAGGAUGACUCUGAGGCUACGGCGGUUCUUGUAGGAGCAGUCGACUUCCUCAAGUUCCCCACGAUCGCCUUCGUCAGGCUCGCCGAAGGAGUCAUGACGGACAACCUCGUUGAAGUACCCGUGCCCGUUCGGUUUAUAUUUGUCCUGCUGGGGCCGUUCCAGGGCGAGAUGGAUUAUUAUGAAGUGGGACGAUCGAUUUCUACGCUGAUGUCAGACGAACAGUUCAGUGAGGUGGCGUAUCGCGCUCACUCUCGUGGGCAGUUGUUGUCGGCCAUCAACGAAUUCUUGAACGCAUCCAUCGUGCUUCCCGCAGCCGAGUGGACAAACACGAACCUUAUUCCAAUAGACCAAAUUAGAGAGAAGGCCCAGGAGAUGAUGAAAAGGAAGCGAACUCUUCGCAGAAAGCGCCUUGAGUCUGAGCCCCAGUUGCCAACUCAGCCUGUGAUGCAACCUAUUGAACUGCACGCCAAGGAAAAGAAAGAGGCACCCAUUCGCGACCCCAUGAAGCGCGUGGGCAAGCCCUUCUACGGCGUCUACAUGGACAUCAAGUCGCGUCUACCCUUCUACCUCAGCGACGUCAUUGACGGUUUGAGCCCUCAGGUCGUCGCUGCUGCUAUCUUCAUUUUUUUCGCCAGCCUCUCGCCAGCCAUCACUUUCGGUGGCCUGUAUGCUGCCAAGACCGGUAGACAAAUUGGCGUGGGUGAAACCCUCCUUACCACCUGCAUCAACGGAAUCGUACUCGCCUUGUUUGGUUGCCAGCCUCUGCUCAUCAUCGGAGCGACUGGUCCCCUCAUGGUCUUUGACAUGGCACUCUUCUCGUUUGCGAAGUCAAUGGGGGAGGAAUUCCUGGUGAUGCGGACGUGGAUCAGCAUUUGGCAGACGGUGUUCGUGAUCAUCAUCUCGGCCGUGGAGGGCGUGACUGUCGUGAGGUUCCUUACACGCUUCGUCGAGGAGAUUUUCUCGACUUUCGUGUGCGUCAUCUUCAUCUACGAAGCCCUUGAGAAACUCGUCUACAUCUUCAUUGCCCAUCCGCUGCUCGCCGAAUAUUGCUACGGUGAAGACAGUUUCUUUACAACCAUAUUCCCGUCUACCACCGAUUAUCCUGACGUAGAUAACGGGACGUUCGCGGUAUCACUUGACGAUGGUUUCGCCAUGAACAUGAUGAACAGUACCGACGAAUAUAUGAACAUGACUGAAGCUCCGGUAACAGGAUCUCUUCAUAAACUUCCACCACAACCCAACACGGCGCUGCUGUCACUGUUACUCAUGUUCUGCACAUUCAUCAUCGCCAUCAGACUCAAGAAAUUCCGAAACUCAAAGUACCUCGGGCGUCCGAUUCGUCGAGCGUUGGGCGAUUUCGGUGUGCCCAUUGCGAUCGUAGCAAUGGUGGCUGUAGACUAUUUCAUCAAGUACACCUUCACUGACAAACUCACCAUGCCCAAGGGUAUCCAGCCGAGUGACCCUGAGUUCCGAGGAUGGAUUAUCAAUCCCUUCGGUGAACAUAAAAGCAUUCCUAUUUGGGUGAUCUUCAUGUGUGCCCCUGCAUCGCUGCUCGUAUUCAUUCUUAUUUUCAUCGAAGCGAACAUUAGCCAACUGAUCGUUUCCAAGCCUGAACGAAACUUGAAGAAAGGGACAGGCUUCCAUUGGGACAUUGUCGUUGUGUGCAUCUGCAACAUGAUUUCAGGAUUCAUGGGUGCGCCAUUUAUGACCCCGGCUGUGGUGCGCACAGUGAGCCACGCGUCAGCUCUCACCGUCAUGGAUACCAACGUGCCUCCUGGAGAGUCCCCAAAAAUUGCGGGAACUUUAGAACAGCGAGUUAGCGCUCUUCUCGUAGCAGCGCUGGUCGGCCUAUCCAUCUUACUGUCGGACCUCCUGAACCUCAUCCCCAACGCGGUGCUGUACGGCGUCUUCCUUUACAUGGGCAUCUCAGCCACCGCCGGAAUACAGUUCCUUGAGCGCAUUGUACUCUUCCUUGUACCUGUCAAAUAUCACUACAAUACGCCUUACGUGAAAGAGGUGCGCACGUGGAAAAUGCACUUAUACACGGUGGUGCAGAUCCUUAUGUUAGUGGUGCUGUGGGUGGUGAAGCAGUCCAAGAUCUCUCUCUGCUUCCCAUUCAUUCUCCUCUGCCUCAUCCCAAUCAGAUUUUUCGUCCUUCCACGAUUCUUCUCUCCCAGGGAGCUCUGCGGGCUGGACGGCGCUGCUCUGCCGCCAACGGACGGCGACGAGCCAGACUUCUACGAAGAGUCGCACAACAUUCGCUCCCCACCCGCCCACGACGGCGAUGAAGAUGGCGGCGACCAUCGCAAGGAGAGAUAAACGUUACCCUUUCCUACUUGUGCUUUGGUAUAGCUAGGCUCUCAAUUUUUGGACGAUAUGGUUGUCUCUGUCUGUCGAACGAGGCUUGCUAUAGGCUGAAAUCCUAGAUAUACAUGACUUAUUAGAUUGAAUGACCCAUUUUUGCUUGUUGUGUGGGUGGGCUUCCUUUGUUGGAAGCAGAAACAGUAUAGUGUACCUCAAACCCAAGAGGACAGUGUUUCUCAAGCUGUGGGUCUCGACCCUUUCAAAAGUCAGGAGUGGAUGGAGUUUAUCUUCAAUGGCUCACUAAUUACCAACCACAACAGAGGCUAUGGACAUCAUGAGUCGUAGCUAAUUUCCCCCAAUAUGCUCGGCUCCAGAUCAAGAUUUAACCCUUUACGCCCUGAAUUUCUGGGACAAAAAUUGUAAAAUUCACUUU